AUUUGUUUAGAGAAGGGAGUCGGCGUUUGCGCGUCGUGGGGUGGACUGGUGGUCUUGGUCCUGAUUAUUUCAUCAUUCGCCUAUUUCUGCUUCUUCCCUUCAUCCCCCUUCGUCCGCUGUCGCCAGAUCUACGCUGUUUGAUGAAUUCCUAGGGCGGCGGAGAUGGCAGCGCGCGUGAGAUUGGAGGAGGACGGCGGUGGAGAAGCGCGGCGGCGCCACGCGAAAAGUAGCAGCAUGGUGCCGCUGGCGCUGCUGAUCGGGGAGGAAGCGAGGAUGGGUAAGAUGGAGAGGCCGCGGGUGCGGUACGGCUGCGCUGCGCAGUCCAAGAAAGGGGAGGACUACUUCCUCAUCCGGACCGAUUGCCAGCGCGUCGCCGGCGACACUUCCUCCUGCUUCUCCGUUUUCGCGGUCCUUGAUGGGCAUAAUGGUAAUGCUGCAGCAAUAUAUACUAGAGAUAAUUUGUUGAAUCAUGUUAUGAGUGCAAUUCCCCGUGGACUUGGGCGGGAAGAAUGGCUUCAAGCUUUACCUCGUGCUUUGGUGGCUGGAUUUGUCAAGACUGAUAAAGAGUUCCAGAGAAAAGGACAAACAUCUGGAACCACUGUCACAUUUGUAAUAAUUGAUGGAUGGACAAUUACUGUUGCUUCAGUUGGAGACUCUCGAUGUAUCUUAGAUGCACAGGGAGGGGUAGUUUCUUCACUAACUGUUGAUCACAGGCUUGAAGAAAAUGUUGAAGAGCGGGAACGUGUUACUGCUAGUGGAGGUGAAGUAGGGAGGCUCAGUAUUGUUGGUGGUGCUCAGAUUGGUCCCCUUCGCUGUUGGCCGGGAGGAUUGUGCCUAUCCAGAUCUAUAGGAGAUAUGGAUGUUGGAGAAUUUAUUGUUCCUGUUCCUUAUGUCAAGCAAGUCAAGCUGUCAAAUACUGGAGGAAGACUUAUAAUUGCUUCAGACGGUAUCUGGGAUGCCUUGACUUCUGAAAUGGCUGCAAACUCUUGCCGAGGUUUGCCUGCAGAGCUCGCUGCUAGACUAGUUGUUAAGGAAGCACUUAGGACAAGGGGUUUGAAAGAUGAUACAACUUGCAUUGUUGUUGAUAUUGCUCAACCUGAUCAUUCGGAACCACCUCAAUCUACACCAAAAAAGGUUAACAAAUUCAAAUCUUUCAUCUUCAGAAAAAGUUCAAAGGAUUCUACUAAUAAGCUAGCAAAGAAGCUAUCUGCUGUUGGUAUAGUUGAAGAAAUAUUCGAAGAGGGUUCUGCAAUGCUUUCUGAAAGGCUAGGAAGCGACUCAUCCGCAGAAAAAACAUGGAAUAUUUUUACAUGCGCUAUAUGCCAGACGCACCUUGCCCCCAGCGAAGGGGUAUCUGUUCACGCUGGCUCCAUCUUCUCCACCAGCUCAAAGCCAUGGGAAGGUCCCUUCCUCUGUGCCGAUUGCCGCAUCAAAAAGGAUGCUAUGGAAGGCAAACGCCCGAGUGGAGUUAAGCGUAAUGCAAUGCGGGGGAAUUGAGGUGCAUGGUCCGAGAUCUCUGCGUAGGUCGACCCCUUUUCUUUCUCUCUGUCCAUCCUUUUCUUUUGCUCCUUAAUUCGGAGUAGUAGUAGUAGUAUAAUGUAGGAACAUGAUGCUUCCACUUGCAUGUACUGCUUUGUGUUUG